AUGAAUAAUAAUCAGUUGAAUCGCAUUUAGUUUAAUGAUAAUAAUAAUAUAGAAAUAAAGUAGGACAAUUUAAAUUAAGCAUAUUAACCACCAGAAGUAGCUGCAGCCACGAUUUAAAAGAGAUUUUAACUAGUUUAAGCUCUUAAGAAAUAAGAUUUUGAGGAAGAUGAUAUCUUAGAUGAAGAAUACGAUAAAUUAAACAUGAUAUCUGACAAUAAAAUUGAAAAUUAAUUAAAGCAAGAAAGAAAUGAUAUAAAUAUCUAGGAUUAAAUAGUUAAUGAUAUGUACUAAUAGGUGAUCAGCGAGUCAACAUUUAUCCUUUUAUAAAAUAUAUUGAAUGAGCUGAAUAGAUUUAGUGUAAAGGAUUUAUUUUUAAAGUUUUAUUCAGAGUUAGAAAGUUUUUACUAAAAUACAGAGUAGAAAAUUUAUAAGUACUUGAAUACAUUUGUAAUAGAUAGACUGCUAAAGAAUUUUUAAUUGCUUUUAAGAUUUGAUUUAGACUACCAACUUCUAAUCAAAAAAUAUUUGCAUUUUGUGUACUAAAACGUGAAGUACGAUGAAAAGAGAAUGAAAUUUGACAUCAACUUGUAUUUUUAUAAGAAAGAUGUCUCUGAUGAAAAGAGUCAGCAGUUAAAUCCUUAAAAUUGGAUUUAUCUCCCAUAACAGUGUUUAUAAAGUUAUUUGGAGCGUUUACAAAGUUUGGUUAAAUAGGCUUUCUAAAAUUUUUAUAAUUCACCUUUUGAGACAUUAAUUGAGGAAGGUUAAGAGGUAUAUUCCUUGUAUGAUUUAAAUUAACCAUAAAACAGAUUAUUUGAGAAAACAUAGCUGGGUUUUGUUCAUUCUAUUAGAAAAUCAAUAGAGUUAACUGAUUUUUAAAUAAAUUCUUAAGAUAAACAAAAUUUGAUAGAAUUGUUAAAUUAGUUUUUUAUAAAAUAUAAUGAAAAUGAUCAGAAUAAGAUAGAGCUUUUAAUCUUAUACAAGAAAAUAGAAAUUUUAUAUAAAAGAGUAAUAAAUGGUCCAAUUGAAGAUUUUAAGGAUCAAAUCAAUAGUUUAAUGAUUAAAAAUAUUAAGAGUUAUAUUGAUUAGAUCAAUGAUUAUAAAUAAAAUAUUGAACUCAGCGAAUUGUAAGAGCCGAUAAUCGAAUUUGUUAAUACUUAUUACUUAGAUUAUUAAAUUAAUGCCUAUUUAAAUAAAAUUAAGAAAAUAAUAGGAGAGUAUAAGCAAAUUAAAUCAAAGUAAUCAGAAAUUAAAAUGGAAACGUCUUAAACCUAUAUAUAAGAAAUUUUAAAUUUUGUUUCAAAUUAAUUUAUUGUAAGCUUUAAAGAAAUUUUAACAAAAAGUACUGUUAAAACUCUCAUUUAAUACCUUAAAGAAAAUAAAUUUACUUAGGCUUAAUAAAAUUUAAUACAAAAGAAAGAGCUAACUUUGUUGUUAUGCAAAUAAAUUGGAUAAAAAGUAUACCCAAAUGAAUUUAAAAAGUAACCUUCGUAAAUGAGCAUGACAAGUAUCUAAUCAGACUUCAAUUAUUAUUAUGAAGAAAAAAAAUCUAAUUAGAAUAGUCUAGAAAAUUCCUCCAAGAGGCAAGAAGACAGAGGGAAUUAAUAAAAUAUGAUGAAUUAAGAUAAUAGCAGCUUUUCAUAGAAUAUAUUCAAAAAUAAGAAUUUACUUAGAUUAGAAGAAAAAACUGUCUUUUAAGAAAAUAGUAGAGAUGAAGAAUUUAAUUAUGAGAAGAAAGAAAUUUAAGAUUUUAAUAAAUUUUUAUAAAAAUUUAACUAAGAAUGUUAAUUAGAGAAUCACUCCUAUGAAAUUCUUUAAAAUUUAAAUGAGAAGAGUAAAUUUAGUAGCAAUAAUCAUUAUGUUAUUAUAUUUUUAGAAACUAAUUAUUUUCUCAUAAUCAGACCAUCCACAAAAUAAGCUAAAAUCAUAGUAAAUACUUAAAUUAAUAAAUAGCCAGGUUAUUUCAAUUAAAUUGUGACUGAUUUGUCUCUAUAUUAUGAAAAAUUAAACAUGAGGCCAAUAUCACAGAAAAAAAAUUAAAAUUAAUAAUUAAGCUUAAAAGAAUAAUUUGAAUUAUUGUAUGUUUGGAAACAAAGUUAUGAAGUACAACUCGAACAGACCUAUUGA